AUCGAUCCCAUCACAGGAAGACGAGCCCGAAAUAGACGAGAUAGGACUAUAUAGUAAAUGCGGUCUAACAUAGCAUCAUUGACUCCACGGAGCUGUCAGCACACAAACACCUGACGGUCCUUUUCAAACAGACAGCAACCAUGAGAUAUGCUGUCACCUUGGCAUUGCUAGUAACCUUGACCUUUGCGAAUCCACGAAGUGACCUCCUUUCGACCUUGAACGUGCUCCACGAUAGCGCAACUUACCAGGCGCUACCCCCGGAGCUGAGGCUAUUGACGGUGGAGCUGGCAGCCACUGCCAAGGCUGGACAACUCACCAGUUAUAUUGAUAAAGUUGGCUUCUACAGCGUCCUCAACCUCAUCAGACACUUGCCCGUGCACGAUGCUCAUGAUUUAGAAGACUAUCUCCUAAAGGUGAUAACAGAGGAGAGCAUCGCUGCCGCACAACAGGCUCAAUUGGCUGUAUCCGUCACUACCACGGAGACAUUGCCAGCAUCAGUUCGAAGGUCAAAGAGGUCGAAAUCCAAUUCGUACCUGCAUAACCUGGAGUCGACCAACGCCUACCAGAGCCUACCACAGGAGUACAAGGGUGUGCUGAAGUCCCUACUAAUCGCCGCCCACUCCAACACCCUCACCCAGUACCUCAGUCACGACGUCACAAUCCUUCCAAGACUGCUUCAUCAUAUGAACCCUGGCUUAGCCCGGAGACUCAAUGCUUACUUUAUGCAGCAGUUGCGGACAGAGGGAAGACAAAAUUCCCAAAUCGAUGGCGACGACGACGACGACGACGACGACGAUUAGAUAGCAAAAUAGUGGUAAAAGUAGAACGACAUUGUUUUAAAAAAAGUCACAGAACGUCAUAACCGUUUUUAAAGAAUUAUGAUUAUCAACAUGGUAAAUUACUAUAAAUAUGUAG